CGCAGCCUCCCCGCCGCCCGGCCCGGCCUGCGCGGCCGCCCCAGACUCCGGCCGCCCCGGGCCCCGCCCGGCCGCGCGCCCCCGCGCCUCCCCGCCGCCGGCUCCCCGCACCCGGCCAUGGCGCUCAGCAAUUUUCUCUUCGCGCAGUGCGUCUGCUACUUCCUGGCCUUCCUGUUCAGCUUCGUGGUGGUGGUGCCGCUGUCCGAGAACGGCCACGACUUCCGUGGCCGCUGCCUGCUCUUCGCCGAGGGCAUGUGGCUGAGCGCCAACCUGACGGUGCAGGAGCGCGAGCGCUUCACGGUCCAGGCGUGGGGCCCGCCGGCCGCCUGCCGCUUCGGCCUGCUUGCCAGCCUCCUGUCGCUGCUGCUGGCUGCCGCACACGCCUGGCGCACGCUCUUCUUCCUCUGCAAGGGACACGAGGGAUCCUUCUUCCACGCCUUCCUGAACCUGCUCAUCAGCGCCUUCGUGCUCUUCCUGGUCUUCAUUGCCAGCACCAUUGUGAGCGUGGGCUUCACCAUGUGGUGCGAUGCCAUCACAGAGAAGGGCGCCAUGCCCCACAGUUGUGAAGAGCUGCAGGAUGUUGACCUGGAGCUGAAUGUGGACAACUCUGCCUUCUAUGACCAGUUUGCGGUUGCCCAGUUUGGCCUCUGGGCCACCUGGCUGGCAUGGCUGGCUAUCACCACCCUGGCCUUCCUGAAGGUCUACCACAACUACCGCCAGGAGGAUCUUCUGGACAGCCUGGUCCAUGAGAAGGAGCUGCUGCUGGCCCGGCCGUCUCCACGUUCCUCCUUCCAGGAGGAGAAGAGCGCUGUCAUUUAGGCACUGUGAGGCUGGGGAGCCAGCCCCAGACCACUGCUGCACCCAGAGCCAUAGGCCUGUCCCGGGUAGUGGCUGGGGCUCUGCCCGGACCCCCACCUGGCUAUGCGCAGCCUUGCAUGUGUCCCCUCAUGCCUGACAGCUGAUUGGGGGUGCUAGCUCCCCAACGAGAGUGGUGCAGAGAGGCCACGGGGCCACCUUGGGGCCUCAGGCAAUGCCAUUCACCUGUCCCAGCGGGACCUAGCCCUUGGGCCUAGGCAGAGGGUGCCCCUCUAGUCUUUCAGACCCUUUUGGCCAUUGGCUUUCUGAGCAGCUGCCGCUCUGGGCUGUGGACCCAUGCAAUCGCCAUGGAAGCUUGCCCAGGAGGUGGCUGGAUGCCCCUCCCAUUACCUGCCCUUGACCUGUGUGUGGGAUGUGGAUUCCGCAUGAAAACAGACUCCGUGAUCUGGGGCACAGACCCGAGUGUGGGAAAGAGCUUCUGGCACCUCCAGCCUUCUGGCUUCAGGACCCCUCCCGGGCUGGGUAGGUACUGGCCCCAGUGGCCAGGCCUCAUCUCAGCAUUGAAAAAGCAGGGACAGCGGUGUCUGCCUGACAUUAGAUGGUGGCUGCACAGACAGAUGCCCCUUCAGUGGUCCCCUUUGUUCUGUGCCACAGGACUGGGGAGCAUGGUGCACAUGGCUCAGAGAGGCCUCCAUGGCCCAGUGGAUGGGCUGUGUCACUCUGAGACUCUGGGCAGGGCCUCCUAAGUGGGGCCAGUGGAGGACCUUCCUGGACGCUACUCCUGCUCCCUGUCUUCCUCACUGUGGGCGUCCUUAUUCUAGCUCUAUCUGGCUAAACUGUAAGACUUACUGUCACAUAAGCCCAUUUCUCAAAAUCAGAAUAAAAACCAAAGCCCAAGGCUCUAA